CAAGACUACGAUCACGAUAGGUAACGAAUAAGUCUUAUGCGGUUGAAAACUGGCAUCUGCUAUAGGUACAGGCCGGUAUCUCUACAUCCGCAGGUGCGAGACAGACGCGGCUUACUCUUAGUUGACCUAGGUCUGCUUUCCAGGGAUUUACACACGAGGUGCUUUCACCUUAAACGAGUAGCUGAUUAGUUAGAUGUUCCGUCAGAGCCUCAGAGGGAGGUGAAGUUUCACGUCAAGUUCUUAGUCAGAUAUCGCACCCCGCACCUGCCCUGUGCGCCAAGUCGUAGGGCUGAGAUCCAAAAGUUCCCGGCGGCGUCCGCGGCGGAAAAUCAUCGCCACCUACCGCCAUGAGCGCGACAAGCCCUCCGGAGGCCACCGAGGCCAUCAGUCCUUCCUUCGAAGCUCCAGAACGCUACAUGGUCGUCAACAACAUGGACGACGUCUUCGAGGACGCGCCGCCGCCACAGGCCGAUCCGUACACCACGCAAUUGCGCCUCGUCCUCCAGCCAUGGAUCGUCCAUUUCAAGUCGCCCGGAUAUAUCAAGGUGGAGAUGAUGAGUAUGCUCGGCGAAGUUUGCAAGAAGAUGUUGCGCCGCACCAUCAAGGAGCCUGAAGUGCGCAAAUCAAUCGGCAACUGUUCGAAAAUGUGGAGCGAUCUUUGUGAACUCCUCGAGAAUGCCGUUCCGUCUCUCGAGAAGCGCUCGUUUGCCCCGGCGGACCCCGCGGCACCUGAGUUCGAAGGCGCGUCCGGCACGUUGAUCGCGGCGAACUACGGUAGCCUCAUGAAGGACCUGGAGCGUCUGAACGACCUCGUUUCAAUCGGCCGAAACGCCCUCACAACGGGAGAAACAGCGCAGGACCUGGCAGCAAAGUCGCAGUUUGACCAGGAAGUCUUCAAGCUCAUCAGCGUGUGUGUAAAAGUCACCGCGCGAGGCUUCGACGGUGAUGCGGGAACCUCGGACGAACACAAGUGGCAGGAUGUUGUCAAUUCCUACAAGAAGCUCCUCAUUACGUGCCUGCAGUUCCUCAACAACCUCGUGGCCCGAAACGAGCGCCGGAAACUCAUGCUUUGGGUGGAGCUUUUCGACAGCUCUCCGGAUGGAAUGCUCAGACAAUACCCCCGCGACCCGAGUGGCAGGUCGGAAGUAUGGCCGCCUGCUGUGGAUAAGACGCUCUUCGGCGAGAAUUUCUCGUUCCCGCCUGGCUCUCAACAACCCGCAUCCUCGCCUUUCCUGUUAUACAUUGGCAAAAUCGGAAUGGAAGUCAAGCGCGAUCUUACUGCGAGAGGCGAGAAAGCGGGCGCUACCGAGAUUGCUACGGAAUGCAAGAAGAGGUGGCAAGAGAUGCCGCAGGAGCAACGGGACGAGUGGCAUACCCUUUACACGGACCUCAUCGCCAAAUACCGCCAGGAAAUUUCAACCGCAAAAUCGAUCAAAUCCGGCCCUGAUCCGAAUGCUUCAAAUGAAGAGAAUGUAGCCGCGCUCGCGGCAAGCAUCAACCAACUGCAAAUGGAGGUAGAUCGGAUGAAGAAGGCAAUGCUGGCACCAUCAUCCAAGACCACCACUCCACCCACUGUCCAACCACAGUUUACGGCAAGCGACAUCUUGAAAAACUAUCCGGCUUUGCCGCUGAGAGACGUCAACAACAACUACAUUCCACUUAGCGCGGAAGUGCCAGAGCCGCCCCCAGCUAGCGAAUCGGACUUUCGCAUGACCUACUCGGCCGACUACGGUGCAGGAAUACUGCAAGAUGGCAAAGAUGAUUUGAUGAAGCGCCUCGAGACAUUUCCGGAGCGUGUCCCGCAGGGGGCUUCCGAGGUCUCGCCUGCUUCGCCUAUCCAAUCGCCAGCAUCGCCGAAUGCAACGGAGCCUGCCGAGGACAUGGGCGACGAAGUCAGCGAAGAAGAGGACAGCGAGGACGAGGACUUUGUCGUGCCGGGAGACGAUGGUCGUGGUCUGCUCACUGACGUGCCGCUGAUCUUGGGCCCCUCCGAGAUCGAGGUAUUGCCUAUGAUCAUCAUGUCAGGCAUUGUCCCUCCCGCAGAUGGCACGCCUGGUUACGGUACCAGUUCAGAGGAACUGGCUGCCAUCAAGAACAUGCACACCGUUCGCUGCCACCUGUUGUUGGCUCAGGACAACGGCAGAAACCUUCUGCGCGAGCUGCUGAUCUUCGUUGCGGCGUGGGAUCUCCGCGAGGAGGAGCUUUACUUUAAGUUCAUGGUCAAGAUCAUGGAGGCGAUUCUUAUGAACGGCCUGAUGCCGUUCUCCUACCAUGCCUUCCGAGAGUCCAAGGACAUCAUCUCUCCAGCGCAGGCGGUCAUCAUGAAGCUGCUCACCAACAUCUUCAAGUCCCGCCAAACGCUGGCGCAGAAUGUCAGCAAAGACGCAGCACCAACGUACCCGCUAAAGGUCGAUGUGCACAUGGUCAACUUCCUAUUCACCGAAUUCCGCCGGCACAUCAUCCCUCAGACCUGCGCUCUCAUCUUCCUGCAGGGACAAAUCAGGGCUGGACACGCGCAUCCCGAGGACUUCCCGCUCAAUCUUUGGGACAUGGAGCGCAUGUACGAGGGAGUCUACCAGUACCUCGAGUUCUUUGCUAUUCUCACCGAACACGACGUAUGGAAGAAGAUGAUGGCAGACUGGGAGAUUACCAGCGAGCUGGUCACUCUGCUGAAGGAACUCGAUGCUGCUAUUCCGAAGGGCACGCUCUUGGCUAAGAGGCCCCCCGCCGGCAUGGAGCCCCGUCCGCAGAACCCACCACCAGCGCCAAGCCCUGUGCAACCACAGAGCCCCGCACCCGUGGCAGUUGAGCGUCCGUACGACGUCACUGCACCAUCCAUCAGCUCGACGGCCGCCGCGAUUCCGUCAGAACCUUUCUUGCCCGCCCCGUCCAAUAGUGCUUAUGUGGACGAGCCCGCUGACGAGCCAUCCGAUUUUGAAUGGCGAAACCUCAAGAAGCUCACUGUGCUGGUGCUCACGUCACUGGUGUGGAAAUGCCGCAAGGUGCAAGACCAGGUGCGCACGCACGCGGGCAUUGAAGCCAUCCUCAACUGCUGUCAGUACGACGAACACAACCCGUACAUUAAGGAGCACGCCAUCAUGUGUCUGCGCUUCCUGCUCGAGGGCAACAAGGAGAACCAGGAGCUCAUCCGCGAACUGGAGCCCAAAGGCGUCGUGCCGCACGAGGUGCUUGACCACCACGGCUACGAGACGUUCUGGGACCAGCGUGGCCAGGUCGGACUUCGGCGCAAGGACGCACCAGCCUCAGCAGCGGCCAGUGCGAAGGCAGCCGCUGCGGCUGUGCAGGCGGCGGCCGACGCAGCGGGGGUCGGGGCUGCAGCGGCAGCGGCAGCGGCAGCGGGCAAGCCAGCGCUCCCGAAAAUCGGGUCAGGCAAGCCCGGCGAGCCGCCGAACCUGGAGCAGCUCAUGCAGCAGGUGAUGCGGGACCUGCCGGCGCAGGUGCAAGGGGCGCGCGUGGAUGCGGAGAAGGCGGCGGCGCUUGCGAAGCUGGACAAGGGCUUCAAGAAAUGA